AUGGUUUUGGGUCUUUGCCCCUCCGAUCCGAGGACCUUAACCAUCUUCAGACUGAACCGUUUCAACGGUUUACCAACUACGGUGGCAGAUGGUCUUGGCUGUUGUGGCCUGAACGGUAGUAGCAUUUGGUAUGCUCGUCAAAAACUGGAGGCCUUAGGACUCAUCACGUCGCAACCUUACAUAAGCAAGUUCCAGUCUCAACCAAUGGCUACAGGACUGCUGCUUCACCACUGGCGAUACUAUCGCCACUUUCCCUUUCCCAAUGCCACACUGAUCAAAAAAGUGCUCCAGCUGUUGCAAGGGAGUCCGAAGAAGGCGCACACAUCGCCGUACCUUCGCAAUGAAGUUGGCCUUACUUACAAAUCAUUCAGAAGAUUACUACAUUUUGCCUCACGCCAAGGAUUCGUUACGACCAGCGACUCAACGAUGAAGGAGGCUUGCGCGUUUUUCAAAAACAAAGACCCUGAGUCAAUAGCCACGGAAGAUUUACAAAUGUUUGCUCAAGAAAAUGCCAUACCUCGCUGUGGUCCACAGGCACCUCUGGUGAUUGUCCAUCUGAAAAACAGCGCAAAUAUUGAGGCGUGGUUUUCAAGUUUUGGGGCUGUGAAAGGUAUACCACCCGGUGCACGGUCUGAAGGUGAAAGUGAGGAAGAAGAAGAAGCCGUUGAAGAAGUGGUUGAUACUGAAUCUGGCGACGUAGCUUCUUCAGUCGCGCCCACCGGACUUGGUCCUUCAUCUGAGGGGAAUUCCUCUUUUCACAACUUGACGCCAUCUGGUGUCGCGGAACUACAAUCGGAUUCGAAAUCGUCUUCUUUGGUUCCAACUCUGCGAGCUUGUGAGAAAACUUUAGCGAUGGCCCCCAGCGUAAAUGGUGAAGAGUCCUUGAUGGUUCAAUUCGCUCGGCUGAUGCUACCACAGGAGAUAACAAUGGCUUCCUUGCUUAAGUUAACGCGGUUGAAUUAUUUCUUCAGUCGUCGUUUACUUCGUGCGUUCGACAAUCUUUGUGCUGUCCGUACGACAAAACGUUCAUUGCGUGCCACAAUUAAUACAACUUCCAAGGUACGUAAAACGCUCCACAACUUCCAGUGCCUCUCCCUGGAUCGUAAGUGGCGUGUUCAGUGA